CAAGGAUGAGGAGGAACAGUUUGCGCAGGCGUUUCGGGUGCCGUACGAUGACCCAAAGGGGAAACGCGUGGAUCGUUUCGUGAGCUUCUGUAAUAAGUGCGUUAAAAUGUGGAAUCCGGCAAAGUAUUAUGCAUUGUACUCAUCAAUAGUGCAGUCAAGCGGCACUGGUAAAUCGAGACUACUUGCGGAAGUCGCUAAGAAACGAUAUGUCAUUUACUGCUGUCUCCGAGGUCCUGGUAGCACAGGUUACCUCCCAAGUUCGCCCAUUCGGCGUAAGCUUAUCACAGAUGCUCAAGCAACAGAUCAUCGAAAAUGGCCAAGUGAAAGACUCUACGUCUCCUUCUUGGUUGCUGCCAUCGAA